GUUUUAUCUGUAGAAAGUAAACAUUUUACUUGAUUAUGACAAAUACAAUGAUUUUCUUUCCAAGUAUUUCCUUGGAAAUGUCCCUCAAGUGGUUACCUUUCUUAAUCAACAAAAUCCAUAAUCUAUACAAGAUAAUAAGUACCAUGUCAGAAAUGAAUUUGCUUUGCACCAAUAAUUCUAAUUCUUAUGCUUGCAGAUAUCAGAAUUUCCAGUUGGCAAGUUUACUAAUUCUAUUAACAACCAUUACUAGUCCAUACUAAUCUAUAUGCUUAGCUGGAGUUAUUAAACAAAAUAAAAAAUCACUAUCUCCGAGUUAUGAAGUAACUAGGAAGAUACUAUGCAACUUCUUGUUCUUGUUUUUGGUGUUCUAAAUUACAAUAAUUUGACUUUAUAUGCACUGACGUUUAGAGAUAGAAUAAGUUUUAUUUCUAUUCCAUUCGAUAGACUUGUCUGUAGAUGACAUGUAUUUCUGAUUCUGACGACUGUAUUGUGUACUCCAAAUACAAGCGGCUAAGAUCAGCCUAUAGCUUGCAUUGCUUGUUAAUGAUAUUGUAACUCUCCUUCCUUGCCCUUUUACCAACUCUCUCUCUCUCAGCUUGUACCUGUGCGCACGUGUCUGUGAAGGUUGAUAGAUAUUGUAAUUGAAAUGGGGAACCUAUUCUGCUGCAUUACCGUUGACCAAUCAACGGUUUCCAUCAAGGAAAGGUUUGGAAAAUUUGAUGAAGUACUUGAUCCUGGAUGCCACUGCAUGCCUUGGAUCCUCGGAAGUCAGCUUGCUGGCCAUCUCUCUCUUCGAUUGCAGCAGUUGGAUGUUCGUUGCGAGACCAAGACAAAGGAUAAUGUAUUUGUCAACGUUGUUGCAUCAGUUCAAUACCGUGCUCUUGCGGAUAAAGCAAGCGAUGCUUUCUACAAACUUAGCAAUACCAGAACUCAAAUCCAAGCUUAUGUCUUUGAUGUGAUCAGGGCAAGUGUUCCAAAGCUAAACUUGGAUGAUGUUUUCGAGCAGAAGAACGAAAUAGCAAAAGCUGUUGAAGAGGAGCUUGAGAAGGCUAUGUCAGCUUAUGGAUAUGAAAUCGUCCAGACUCUCAUUGUUGAUAUAGAACCCGAUGAGCAUGUGAAAAGAGCCAUGAAUGAAAUAAAUGCUGCUGCAAGAUUGAGGGUAGCAGCUAAUGAGAAAGCUGAAGCGGAGAAGAUAGUUCAGAUUAAGAAAGCGGAGGGUGAGGCUGAAGCCAAAUACCUAUCAGGAGUGGGUAUCGCCAGGCAGCGCCAGGCAAUUGUGGAUGGUCUAAGAGACAGUGUGCUUGGUUUCUCUGUUAAUGUGCCAGGAACCACAGCAAAGGAUGUUUUGGACAUGGUCCUCAUCACUCAGUAUUUUGACACCAUGAAGGAGAUUGGUGCUACCAGUAAAUCCUCAGCAGUUUUUAUCCCUCAUGGACCUGGAGCCGUCAAUGACGUUGCCACCCAAAUUCGAGAUGGGUUGCUUCAGGCAACUUCUAACCGGUAAGCAGUGACCGAGUUAAAGAAAAAGUAUCACGUCAACAGAAUGUUUGUGUGUAUGCUGAAACUCUUUGAAGAUCAGUAGUACCGUUGUGCUUGUGUGCAUUUCCUUUACCGAAACUCCUAUAAUUAAAUGCCUUCGUCUUGUCUUGCCA